CAAACACAAGUGUGAGCGAUGUACGAAAAUAAUUUACCGCUGCAUGAUGCAAACUGUCGUAUGCUAAUCGGUCAAUUAAGUCAUUCGUAAUCCUUCUCUUCGUAAAAUGCGGCUUGCAUUCAACUUGUUUGCAGAAUUGUUUUUUUCUGCUUGUACAGUUUUUGUUUCUCGAGUCGAUAACACAUUUUGCAAGUAAAACGCGGCGUAAGUGCGAACUCAUUGAAUUGUACGCUGUCAAUUGCUCAAAAUAGUUUUGCCCAUUAUGAUUGUACGCUACAUUGGUAAUUGUAGGAAUUAUUAUAAAUUUACAGAGUACCCUUUCGUUAUAUACAUUACGUGUUCUAUAUUGUAUUAUUCGUACCACUACUUUUUAGGCUAGUUUCGCUUCUAUUCCAUUUCAUCAUUUCUCGUGUUUUCCACUAUUCUCAGGCGGAGUUGUUGCUCUAUUUUUUACUAGAUUUAUAUAAAAUUAAAUAAUACUUCAUGUACUUAAAAUUUUGACUACUAACCACUAAAAAGCGUCUUAUUUUUAUGUAAUAACCAUGCUUCACAAUGAAACAUACGCCAAGUGAAAAUUGUUUUUCUAUCCGUUGCUAAGUAACACAUAGCAGGUCUACAUACUUUUUGUUCAACAUGUUUAGUAAAAGAUAUUAUCGCAAAUAGUUUGUUUCAUUUAUGUAUAUAUGAAUAAAUGAUCGUUCCAACAAGGUUUUGAUUACUGAUUUUACUUCUCAUUAAAAUAUUAAUAAUAGCUACCUUCAUUUAGUAAUCGGCAAUUAAUAAUAAUUAGAUUUUUAAUACAUUGGUUAAGUUUGCUCAUUUGUAUGGGAUUCGAAAUUUGCUCAAGAAAUUGCAUUUACAUAUGUACGUCUGAUAAGCGAGUAUAUGCACGUAGGAAUGCAAUAGUGCUGCAGUGCUUGUUAUGUAUUUUUAAUAAGAAUGAUUGUUGAAUUGAAAGAUAAUAUUACAAGAGUACAUCAUUUUCUUAAGUACGUGAUACAAUGGAGUUUAUUCAUUUCGUAACAUGAGUGCUGAGUUUGUUUAAUCUAACCGAUUCACUGCUGAUAUGGCGAUCAAAAAUAUUGAUGAUAUAACCUAAAUCGCCACAUGCUAUAAAUUGUAGAUAGUGACACGUUAUGUAGGUAAAAAACAUUCCAUUAAAAUGAAUAAUGUCUAUGAGAAUUUGACAAUUAAAGACAUAGCCAACUGGAUUGCCUCUGGAGCAAUUAUAUUUGGUGGAAUUAUUCCAUAUGUACCUCAAUAUAGAGAAAUUAAAAAAAGAGAAGAUGCAGAAGGGUUUUCCCUUUAUGUAUGCCUUGCAUUGUUAAUAGCCAAUACUCUACGUAUCUUUUUUUGGUUUGGAAAACAUUAUGAAAUACCGCUUUUACUGCAAAGUAUAUUUAUGAUCAUUACUAUGUUUAUUAUGAUUAAACUUUGCGUUAGUGUAAAAAACAGAAAUCAAAUAAUAAAAGCCAGAGAACGUGUGUUUGCUGAUUUAGAUGCAAAUUUUUUUUGGAAAUGGACAGAUUUUCAAUCAUAUUUGGAUUUUAUGCUGUUAUUCGCUGCACUGGUAGGAGGUCUAACAUAUCUGUUAGUAGAUGUACCAAUAUUUGUUGAAACUAUAGGAUUGCUUGCAGUAUUAACAGAAGCUAUGCUUGGAGUGCCACAAUUUGUUCGUAAUUUUGUAAAUAAGUCAACUAGUGGAAUGAGUAUAAUCAUGGUUAGUAUGUGGACAUUAGGUGAUGCAUUUAAAACAUGUUAUUUUAUCAUAAAAGAAGCUCCAAUUCAAUUUGAAGUUUGUGGUAUUCUUCAAGUUAUAAUUGAUAUUGCUAUUUUAGCACAAGUAUAUAUUUACCAAAAUAGUAGUACUGUACAUACAAGAGUUCCAGUAAGAGCUGAUUGAGUAUUGCAUUUUACAUCUAUUGAAAUUAUGAAACAUUCAUUGUACAGUUUUUAUAUUAACUAAAAAAUUUUAUCCGUGUUAUUUAACAAUACUUAUUAUUCCUUAUAUUUAUGUAAAACAUAAACGAAAUGCACAAUCCAUUAAGACAUAUUUUUUUAAUUAUAUUGAAAUUUCUGUACUCUUCGAUUGUUUGAUAUAUGUAUAAAAUUUUAUAAAU